AGUGGGCGAGUGAGCCGUCACCCAGCCCCGCGCCCCAGCCCUGCCCGGCGAGGAAGGACCGGGAAAAUGAACAACGGAGGCAAAGCGGAGAAGGAGAACACCCCGAAUGAGGCCAACCUUCAGGAGGAAGAGGUUCGGACCCUAUUUGUCAGUGGUCUCCCUCUGGAUAUCAAACCUCGGGAGCUCUAUCUGCUUUUCAGACCAUUUAAGGGCUAUGAGGGCUCUCUUAUAAAGCUUACAUCUAAGCAGCCUGUAGGUUUUGUCAGCUUUGACAGUCGCUCUGAAGCAGAAGCUGCAAAGAAUGCUUUGAAUGGCAUCCGCUUUGAUCCUGAAAUUCCGCAAACACUACGACUAGAGUUUGCUAAGGCAAACACGAAGAUGGCCAAGAACAAACUAGUAGGGACUCCAAACCCCAGUACUCCUCUGCCCAACACUGUACCUCAGUUCAUUGCCAGAGAGCCAUAUGAGCUCACAGUGCCUGCACUUUACCCCAGUAGCCCUGAAGUGUGGGCCCCGUACCCUCUGUACCCAGCGGAGUUAGCGCCUGCUCUACCUCCUCCUGCUUUCACCUAUCCCGCUUCACUGCAUGCCCAGAUGCGCUGGCUCCCUCCCUCAGAGGCUACUUCUCAGGGCUGGAAGUCCCGUCAGUUCUGCUGAAUGCUCUGUCCCAGGUGUGUGAUGGCGGCUGCAAUCUGUCUUGUGGGUAUUAAUGCGAUCUUCACUGAUGGCGACUGUACUCCAGCUGUUGUGCAAAACUGGAGCUUGCUGGCUUGAAAAAAACCUUGCCCAGUUUUGAUCCCUUCAAGACUUUGCCACAGCCUCUAUCACACAUCUGUUUUACUCGAAGAAAAAAAAUAUAUAAUAAAAAAUGUUUUACUCUUUUACACUGUAUAAUUCUAAGAAAUAGUGUUAUUUGUGAAUGCAUGGUGUGACAUAAUUUCUGUACAGUUUGGAGAUAUUUUCAAAUGAAACAUAAAAGAAGUCAACAAUAAAACCAAGAAAGUGAGUAUUUUUAUACCAAACAUUUUAAUUCUGACAGGAUGGAUUCUUACACUGGGUUGGAUCACAAAUUUUAUGCUAGACUUAUCGAAUGCUUGUAAUUAAAAAUAUCUAUUUUUUUCUUUAAAAUAAGCUGCAUGUUUGAGGCAUGUUUCGAAAUAGUUACCAACAUUUCCAGAAUUGUAUUGUUAAAUGUAUAGACACUGUCUGCCUGGCUGAAGUCCAGGGUUCAUUAGUAAUGUAGUGUUAGAACUGUUCUCUUCAGCCCUGGUCUGUGAUCCCAGUUCCCAUAUGAUAUCCCUACAAGACAAUCAAAGCUUCCAGGAGCUACUUUAAUGGCAUAUUCACAACUGGGCAAAGAAAACUUGGGGAGAAAUUCUUUAGACUAGAGUGUGCCCUUUGAAAGAUCUGGCAGCUCCAUCUGUGACUGUAUGAACUGUGUGUUUCAAGUUUCAUGUUUAUCUUUUAUGAGAGCUUGCUCCCCUGUGUGACUAACUUGCUGUAUUACUCACCUUCCAUAGCUAUGCCACUGCUCCUGUGGGACUGUAGUAGCCCUCACUGUGAAGGAGCACCUUGGCUUCGGGGCUGGCUUUGCCCAACUACAAUGGGCAAGCCCACAUCUGCCAAGUGAUUUUACCCAACUUUGGCUGAACUAAGCUAGUGUUCAAACAGACCGCCUGUCACAUGUUCUGGAAUCCCAGGUUGCUUGUCGUGAGGUUCCCAACUACUCUGGCACAGGGGGAACCACGGUAACCAAUGGCCAAGAGGAGGACGGUUGGGCUUCUUUCAAAAUGGUCAAAGCUAAACAGUCUUUGUGUUUUAAGGUGACACAUUCCAGAAUCUGUGACAGCUCAGCCUCUCCCCCUUCCCCUUGUAUAAAAGCCAUGUGUAAAACUAUAUUGACCUAAGAGUUUCUAACUGCUAAUAUAGCUAGAAAUGAUCACAAUCUUUCCUACUGAUCUGCUCACUCACUGUGUUGAAAAAUUCAAUAUUUUAAUGAUUAUAUGCUUGAUUUGGGGGUUUUGUUUGUUGUAUCAUUUUUCAUUAGAAAUAAAAAUAACAUUUUUAAUGGUUAUCACAACAAAGCAAAGCUAGGAGUGAGGGGCUCUUUCUUACCAACAAGAAGAAGAAAGAGGGCAGGCAGUAGCCUAGAGGCUCCUGAUAGAUCUGCUUGGGUGUUUAGGGAGGGUCUAUGCCCUCAGCACCACUUAACUCUUGGUGAGACUCCUGUAUUUGAUUUUAAGGAAAACAAAGCCACUUCACUAUUAUGCUUUUUUAAACUGUUUGUUUAAAGGUACUUUUCUAUUGUUAUUUUUAAAAAAUAAAGUGCUUAUUCCAGCUAUCACA